UGUCAUAGUUACGAAAAUCCGCUUUGUCUUGGAUGAUCAAGUGUCACUGUAGCACCGAUUGUGAAUGUGUAGUGUACACGAGGGAGAAUACAUAGCAUAGCAGAUUAAUAAUCUUCGUUUUAGACAUUACGAGUAACUUUCUUACCAGAAAAUCGCAGAGAGAGAAACCAUGGGGUUGGACUCGUUGGGUGAUCUCGAGCUUAACAUAAUCCUAAGCAACUUAGGAGCUGAAGACACCGCCAGAGCUUCUUGUGUCAGCAAGAAAUUGAGGGCAUCCACCUCCGAAGACGUUCUUUGGUCCCAUUUCUGCGCCGAAGAGCUUGGCCUCUCUCAGCCCCUUGAUCCUCUCGGCAAUCCAGUCGCUUCUUUCAAGGUAUCUUAUCGAUUAUGGCGUGAAUCGUUUAGUAUGUAUCCUUGGUCACUUGUUAGGCGAGUUCAUAAAUGUUGGGGAAGACUUAGAAACUGGCUGACACUUAACUUUCCAGAGGCUGAAGCUACACUUAGAAAGGGGGCAUCAGAAUCGGAGAUUCAAGAGUUCGAAAGAAUCUUGAAGGUGAAAUUACCUCUCCCUACAAGGAUCCUCUAUCGUUUUUACAAUGGCCAGGAAUUUAAAGAUGAAGAUUACGCAAAUGAUCUCUAUGGUAGUCCAUUGGGCCUCAUAGGUGGUUAUACUUUCUAUAAUCGCUCUGUAAAUGUGUACUUGUUGCCAUUACAUCAAAUAAUUGCACAAACAAUUGAUAACAGAUCUUAUCCUGGUUUCUCUGGAAAAUCAAAGUAUAUCAUUGUGGCUGCUUCCUCCACAUUAAUUCCCAAGUUGUUUUUGCUAAACUGUACCAAUGGUCAACUCUUUGUUGGCACCAAGAAUCUUUCAACUUCUGGAGAAAUGCUUCCUUGUGUGCCAAAGGAAUUGAUCAGGUCGGUGCAUGAUCUUGACGCUGACCAACAGCAGGAUGCCAUGUUGCUGUGGUUAGAGGAGCAUGCUAGCCGCUUGGAAAAAGGAAUCAUUAAACUUCGUGAAGGGAAAAAACCCCGUAGUAAUAGUAUCAAUCAGUUUCCGGAAGAACCUCCCUUAUGUAGUACUGCUGUAACCUCUGGGGUGCAAGUUCGUGCUUCUGCUGUGCUUAUUCCAGAGUUUUCGAACCUUCAAGAUUUUGAGGAAAAAUAUAUAUUUACCUAUUCUAUCCGCAUGUCCCUUCUUCCGGGAGGAUGUAAUGUCAAUGGGAUGACAUUUGAGUCUUGUCAACUGUAUUGGAGACACUGGGUCAUUCAUGCUAAUAACCAAGUAGUGUCUGAUGUUAAUGGUGAAGCUGUAAUUGGAAAGGGGGAGGACGAUGAUUUGUUGGUAUAUUCUAUCACAUCUUCUGCCUCUGACACAUGUUCUGACGAGUCUCCUGUUCCUCCACCUGCCUCAGCCACAACUCCUGACAUGCCUCUUCCUCCUAUUAAAGUGUACUCCAGGCAUCCACCUCUCGUUUCAUGUCCUGCACCUGCUUCUUCGUCAUCAGAUCCGGACCCAAGCGAUGAUCUUCCCAUUACGCUACGUAAAGCUACUCAUCAUUGGCCUUUGCAUCAGCUAGAUAUCAAAAAUGAUUUUCUUCAUGAAGACCUUCAGGAAGAGGUGUAUAUGGAGCAACCUCCUAGGUUUGUUCCUCAGGAGGAGUCAUGGCGAGUCUGCCGUCUUCGAAAAUCUUUAUAUGAUUUGAAGCAAAGUCCCCGUGCUUGGUUUGGUAAAUUUAGUCAGGCUGUUGAGAAAUUUGGUAUGUUGAAAAUUUCACAUGAAGGAUUUGGAGUGCUCAAGUAUUUCUUGGGAGUUGAAGUCACUCGGAGUAAACAAUUUAUUUUUUUAUCUCAAAGAAAGUAUGUACUUGAUUUGUUGACUGAGACGGGAAAAUUGAGAGCAAAACCUUGUAGUACUCCAAUGAAUCCUGUUGUGCACCUUACAAGAGAUGAGGAACCAUUUGAAGAUCCUAAAAAAUAUCGCAGGUUGGUUGGAAAGUUGAAUUUUCUUACUGUGACUCGUCCAGACAUUGCGUUCUCAGUUAGUGUUGUCAGUCAGUUAUGUCAUCUCCAACAAUUCAUCGUUGGGCAGCGUUAGAGCAAAUUUUGUGUUACUUGAAGGGAGCACCAGGACGAGGUAUCGUUUACACGAAUCAUGGGCACACUCAUAUUGAGUGUUUCUCAGAUGCAGAUUGGGCAGGUUCCAAGGUAGACAGAAGAUCCACUUCAGGUUAUUGUGUCUUUGUUGGGGGCAAUUUGGUCUCUUGGAAGAAUAAGAAGCAAAGUGUUGUGUAUAGAUCUAGUGCAGAAUCAGAAUAUAGGGCUAUGGCACAAUCUGUGUGUGAGAUAAUGUGGAUAUAUUUUUUUUUGACUGAAGUAGGAUUUAAGACUUCAUUACCAGCAAAAUUGUGGUGUGAUAACCAAGUUACUCUUCAUAUUGUCUCAAAUCCUGUGUUCCAUGAGCGAACUAAGCAUAUUGAAAUUGAUUGUCAUUUUGUUCGUGAGAAAAUUUAACAAGGCUGGAUCUUCACAGGAUAUGUGAAGAUUGAAGAACAAUUAGGGGAUAUUUUCACAAAGGCUUUGAAUGAGGUGCGGGUUGAUUAUCUUUGUAACAAGCUAGGCAUGAUUAACAUUUAUGCUCUAGCUUGAGGGGGAGUGUUAUAAUAUAUUAGCUGUAAAUUAGCUAUAAAUUAGGAUUAAUUGUAAUUAUCUUAGUUUCCUAAUUUCUCUCCUAGUUUUCUAGUUUAGCCUCUCUA